AUUUAGUAAAAUUUAGGGAAUAACUGAGUGUCACAGUUCUUUUUUAUGGUUUGUGAACUUCAAGUUUGGGAAAAAGAACACAAUUUUUUGGGUCUUCUAUUCUUCAGAUGGUCCAUGGAAAUUGUUAAGAAUUAUCUAUGCAUAUAUUUGCCUUUAGUGCUUCCUUAUAUUCCACAAUGGGGAAUAAGUCAGGAAAUACAACUCUUUAAGUGGCCUUGACAUGAAUGGUCAUGCCAAAAGUGAACUAUUAACUCUAUAACUUGUAAAUUAUGUGAACCAGUCCAAAUGCCUUUCCCUAGUCCUUCCCCGUGAAUACCCUCAAGCAAUUGCUGAAGCUUAAUGGUACUUCCUCUUUAUAUUUUUUCAUCCCUAGCGCCUGCCUCUGAAGAGCAUCAACUUUCUAAUCUAACCAUUUUCCUAACAGUGCUUUACAAGAAGUAUCAACUUUUAACUCUCAACCUCUUUACAGCCCACCAAAUGGCAUUUAGACUUAUCUUCUAAGCCACCUGAGACUUGUUCCUUUGCCAUUUUCACUCCUUGCCAUAUCUUGCUUUCUGUUUGAGAUAUUUUUACCCCUAAAGCAGAAUCAGCGUCGAUGUGAAGUAUCAUUGCUACCUGGUGGCUUUUGCCACCUGCUAAAUUUAAUUCCUUGAUGGAAUAUCAAUGCAGUUGCAGGCCCCAGCUAACAAUUGCUACAUCAAUAAUUUUCUGUCACCGAUUCUUUCUUCGUCAAUCCCAUGCAAAGAAUGAUAGGAGGACUAUUGCCACAGUUUGUAUGUUUCUUGCGGGGAAGGUGGAGGAGACUCCCCGUCCACUGAAAGAUGUUAUCCUUGUUUCUUAUGAAAUCAUUCAUAAAAAGGAUCCUGAAGCUGUUCAGAGGAUCAAACAAAAGGACGUAUAUGAACAGCAGAAAGAAUUGAUUUUACUUGGAGAGAGAGUUGUUCUUUCAACUCUUGGUUUUGAUCUAAACGUGCAGCACCCAUAUAAACCUCUUGUUGAUGCGAUAAAGAAAUUUAAGGUUGCUCAAAAUGCCCUUGCUCAGGUGGCAUGGAAUUUUGUGAAUGAUGGACUGCGCACAUCUCUUUGCUUGCAAUUUAAGCCUCACCACAUUGCGGCAGGUGCCAUUUUUCUUGCUGCAAAGUUCCUCAAAGUAAAGCUUCCAUCAGAUGGAGAGAAAGUUUGGUGGCAAGAGUUUGAUGUUACCCCACGGCAAUUGGAAGAGGUGAGCAAUCAGAUGCUUGAACUCUACGAACAGAAUCGACCUUCUACUAACAAUGAAGCUGAAGGAAGCACUGUAGGUGGGGUUACACAUCAGACCACAUCAAAAGCUUCAUCUGGCAAGGAAGAUCAUGCAACAACUAAUAGUCAUUCUCAGGCUGGAGGUAUAAAUUCAAGACAUGGAACCUCAAAGUCAAUGUCACUUGCAGAUAAUUGUGGUGGGGCACCAAGAGCCACCCAUAAUCAAGGUAAUGAACAUGCAAGUGGAGAGAUGAAGAAUCCUUCAGAUCAUAAUGCUGAUGGCGAGUCUUCAGAUUAUGUAGACCAAGGAAUAGUGGUGCCUCGCCAUGAGAAUAUGGGGGAAGCUCAAAACACAUGGAGACAUGCAUCCCAUGGAAAAGAAGAUCAAGAAAGGAAUGCUGCAAGAAGUGAAAUAAGUGAAACAGGGGAAUUAAAAGACAAACAUUUUGGUCGAAAUUUGGAAAACAGAGAAGGUACAGUAGGCCAUUCACCCCAAGAUGCUAUUAAAAAGAUUGACAGAGACAAAGUAAAGGCAGCGCUGGAGAAACGGAAGAAGUCAAGGGGUGAUGUUGCAAGGAAAACUGACCUCUUGGACGAGGAUGAUCUCAUUGAGAGGGAACUGGAAGCUGGUAUUGAACUAGCUGCAGAGAGUGAGAAGAGUAAGCGGGACAGGAGGCAAAGCUAUUCUAAGCCCUUGGACAGGCAUGAGCAUGAAAACCUACAUCAUGAAAAACAUCAAGAGGAUGCAGGGGAUGGAGAAAGUCGAGGAAUGAAGGGGCAUUUAUCACAUAAAUCAGAUUUGAACAUGGAAGAAGGUGAAGUUCCCGAUGACAUGGACCAGGGCUUGCAUUCACCCAAAUCAAGCAAACGCAAGCGAAAGUCAUGGAGCCCACCAGACAAGAUGCCUGAGGGCAAGCAUUGGAAUGAUUAUGUGCCACAUCAUUAUAAUAAUCACGACUACUUAGACGACCGUAACAGGAUGAGCAGGCUUGGUUAUGUGGAGAGGGAUCACUGAAGGCAUGCACCAGAAAAUCACGCCUGGGGGAUGUCUGUCCUCUGAAGCACAUAUUGAGUAGAGUUUCUCAUUGGAUGGAGGUAAUUGUUUAGAAGAUCACAGUUGCUGUCAGCUGUCAUCAGUCCUGUAGGGAGACGAUAACAAUAUUUGGUAUAAACGAUGGACUUUUUUCUUUUUCAGUUGAUUAUUUGGACCGACUUUCCAUAUAAUUUGUAAGAAAUGAGUCUAUCGAAGUUCUGACGCGACUCGCUUUACCCACCAUGCCUUUGCCCGCCGGUCUCUCUUUGGAAUGCUUGGAAUCAUUAUGAUCCAUGGAUAAUAAAGAUGAUAAUUUUGUAGAGGAAUUAUGAUCACACUGUUAAAGAACUUGUAGAGUUGGAAUUUUUAGCCGUAUUCAAUCAUGAAAGCUCUUCUUGCUAUUA